AUGAACGGCGUCACUUUAUCUUCAAACGCGCCUCACUCGCGAAUCGAGGUCGUAUACGAUGGCGGCGGAAGCGUCCGCACUUUCCGCCAAGACAUGGAGCUGUCGGGCGCUCGGGCCUCCACCACAUUCGAGAAUUUGGCACUUGCGACUUUGAGAAGUUGGAGAACGAAGACGGCAAUAUCGAGUACGACAAUCACCCUCUUCGUGCACUCAAACACCGCCGACAUGACGAAAAUCAACAGCCAGACACACUCCUCGCGGAGAAAGAGCCGCAAGGCUCACUUCUCCGCCCCCUCCAGCGUGCGCCGUGUGAUCAUGAGCGCGCCUCUGUCAAAGGAACUCCGCGAAAAGCACAACGUCCGCGCGAUCCCCAUCCGCAAAGACGACGAAGUCAUCAUCAAGCGCGGCACCAACAAAGGCCGCGAGGGCAAAGUCGUCGCCGUCUACCGCCUCAAAUACGUCAUCCACAUCGAGCGUGUGUCGCGGGAGAAGAGCAACGGCCAGAGCGUGCCGCUUGGCGUCGCACCCAGCAAGGUCGAGAUCACCAAGCUGAAGCUUGAUAAGGACAGGGAGAACAUCUUGGAGAGGAUUGCGAGGGGUCGCGAUGCGCAGAAGAAGGUUAGGGAGAAGGGUAUCACCAGCGACUAA